UGGUUUUAAAGCGCUGUGUGGAUUGGUGGCUUCGGUUGAUCUUGGUCUAAUUUUAUUAAGUUAAGGUUUUAAAUUAGAAGAAAAAAAUCUUUGCGGUAAUAAUACAUCAAUCAAAAUGGGUUUAAUGACCAGAGUUUUGAUUGUAGUUAUUUCGCUCGGUUUAGCAGUCGUUAUACAAAACUAUCGCCAAUUAGCAAAACCACUUCCUGUGCCAAAAUUAGAUGUCAACGAGUAUUGGGGACCAGGGAAUGCAGCGAAUUACAAAGAAAAUUUACUAGUAAAACCAUUCGAUAUUGCAACGCCAGCUGAGGUUAUUGAAGAUCUCAAAACGCAACUGAACCGUCCGCUAAAACUGCACAGCCCAUUAGAGGGGAUUGGUUUCGAAUAUGGCUUCAAUUCAAAGUAUCUCGAAAAAGUUGUCAAGUAUUGGCGCGAUACUUAUUUGCCCAAAUGGAGCGAACGUGAGAAGUACUUAAAGAAAUUCCCACAUUUCCAAACCGAAAUUCAAGGACUUAAAAUACAUUUUAUGCACAUAAAACCAAAGAAAACUGAUGGCAAAAAGGUAGUACCACUUCUAUUAUUACAUGGCUGGCCUGGAUCUGUACGUGAAUUCUACGAAUUUAUUCCUCUACUAACUACACCAAAUGCAAAGAGUGACUAUGUUUUUGAAGUUAUUGCACCAAGUUUACCAGGUUACGGUUGGUCACAGGGUGCCGCGAAAACUAAAUUUGGUCCAGUUCAAAUAGCAGUUAUAUUACGAAAUCUUAUGUUACGCUUAGGUCAUGAUAAAUUUGUUAUACAAGGCGGAGAUUGGGGUUCAAUUAUCGGUUCAACUGCAGCAGCAGUUUUCCCCGAAAAUGCACUAGCUUAUCAUUCAAAUAUGUGCAUAAAUGGUGCUCCAGUCAACUAUAUUAAAAUGGUAUUAAUGCAUAUAUUCCCUGGAUUCUUUUUACAUAAGGCUCAUCAUGAUUUUUAUCCUUCACUCGGCCAAUUUUUCUCUACGCUAAUGGAAGAAAUGGGCUAUUGCCAUAUCCAAGCUACCAAACCUGAUACUAUCGGCGCAACAUUAUUGCAUAAUCCAGUGGGAUUGGCUGCUUAUAUUUUGGAAAAAUUCUCAACCUGGACAAAUGCCGAUUAUAAAAAGUUAGCUGAUGGUGGUCUUACGAAACGAUAUACUAUGGAUGCAUUACUGGAUAAUGUAAUGAUAUACUAUGUCACCAAUUCAAUAACCACAUCGCAGCGUUUGUAUGCUGAAAUGUUUAAUAAAGAAAAUCAGGCACUACAAAUCGAUAGAGUGCCUAUUAAAGCACCAACAGGUUGUGCUCGUUUCCGACAUGAACUUUCCCACUCCAGUGAUUUCCAACUUAAAGACAGAUUUAUUAACAUAGUGCAUAGUACGUAUCAUAACGAUGGUGGACAUUUCCCUGCAAUGGAAUUACCACAAGUCUUAUACGAUGAUUUCAUAGAAUUUGUUGAGAAAGCGUUUAAGAAAACCGCUUAAUAUUUUAGUUUUAAAUGUAGUAGCACAGGCUGGUCAAAUAAUUACUAAGAAUUGUUUAUAGCAUCGAGUCAUAUUAAAUCUUUUACUCUUAUAA